AUGGUUUCGUUAGAUACUCAUCAUAGGGCAAAUGGCUUUCAUUGUUUACUUUUUCUUUUAAUGAGCAAUGUUCGUCUGUCUCAAUUGGAUGAGAGCGUUAUCGCCUCCUCUAUUUUUUCAUUCAUUCAUUUCUUUUUUCUUUCAUUCUUUCUUUCUUUCUCCUUUUCGUCCUUGCUUGCUUUCUUUUUUCUUUGUUCCUCUCUUCCUUCCUUUCUUUCUUUCUUUCUUUCUUUUUCGUUUUUCUUUCUUCUUUUCAUUUUUAUCUUUCUUUCUUUUUUACUCUUUUUCUUUCAUUUUUCUUUCAUUUUUCUUUCUUUCUUUGAUGCAUUCUGUAUUUAUUUCUUCCUUCUUUUCUUUUUCUUUCUUUCUUCCUCUAUUUCCUCCUUUUUUUCUUUCUUUCUUUACUCUUUCUGUCUUUCUUUUUUUCUUACUUUCUUUCUUUUUUCUUUCUUUUCCCCUUUCUUUCUUCUUUCUUUCUUCCUCCCUCCCUCCCUCCCUCCCUCCCUCCCUCCCUCGCUUCCUUCCUUCCUUCCUUUUUUCUUUCUGUUCUUUCUUUCUUUAUCGUUUUUCUUUCUUCCUUUCAUUUUUAUCUUUCCUUCUUUUUACUCUUUUCUUUCAUUUUUCUUUCUUUCUUUCUUUAUUAAUAUCUAUCUAUCUAUCUAUUUAUCUAUCUAUCUAUUUACGUCUAUUGAUCUAUCUGAUUCGAGGCCAUAUAUCGCAGCAUUUUCAUUACACUCUCUCUCUCUUUCUCUCUCUCACUCUCUUUCUCUCUCUCACUCUCUUUCUCUCUCUCACUCUCUUUCUCUUUUCCUCUUCCCGAAUUGCUAUUUCAUUUUGUUCGCAUCUAUCUAUCUACCUAUCUCAAUCUUUUUUACCUUUCUAUCCGUCUAUCUCCGUUUGUUUUCUAUCUUAAUCAAUCUUUUUUUGCAUUUAUCUAUCUAUCUAUCUAUCUAUCUAUCUAUCUAUCUAUCUAUCUAUCUAUCUAUCUCACACUCUCACUUUCUCACAGUCUAUCUAAAUAUGUUUCUAUCUAUCUACCUGUCUGUCUGUCUAUCUAUCUAUCUUUCUCCUUCUCUAUGUAUCAAAUUCUCUUAA